AUCUCUAGCAGUAGCAGCAGCAGCAGCAACUCGCCUCGAAACAACCUUGACAACUGUUCGCCCGGGUUCAUGUUCUUGCCUCUUGCUACACCGUCUCCACCCACGUCGUCUCGCCCGUCGUAUCGUCAGGCCCUUCCUUCUCCGACAGGUUCCUCGUUGCCGUCGAAACCUCUCAAGUCACACGCGCAACACCACGAAAUCCUCCCUCUGCUCGAUCAACACCACCCGCGUAUUCCUUUCCGAACGUUCGACUGCCUGGACGAAGACCACCUAACCAACAAGCACCCGAGCCGGAGACGGCGUGACCUCCCCUCAAGAGCCAACUGCUCACCCGCAGAUAACUCUCAGCUAUCAUGCCUUCCGACACAAAAUCAACAGGUUAUCCAGAAUCAAUGGUUCACGUUUGAAUGGAGCACUGGCAAUCCACUCUUCAACCAAGUCACAGACGUGGAUAUUUAUCUUCUCAGUGCCAACUCGGAUCAGACACUCGCCCAUUGGACACUGCCUAAACAGCAAGGGACCCUGCAAGUCCUCGCUAACGAUACCUUUUGGGGUACGCAAGGCUUGAGUAUACAAUCUGGGCAGAAUCAAUCCUACCCCUUCAACUUUGUCAUUCUCCCCACAACCGCAACUCUCCAUUUUGGUGAACGAACGGAACCCACUUUCACGGGCAUUCAAACUGCUUUACCUAACUCGGCCUUGCUGUCUCUGUCGUCGGUAUCGUCUGUACAAUCAACACGGUCUGUGCAGUCUUCACAGUCCGUGGCUUCGACCUCCUCUAUUUUUUUCCAAUCAUCUGUCUCCACCCAAUCCGUUCAUGCAUCCAAUACGGGCAGUGAAUUUCCGCACUGGGCUACCGCCCUACUGGCUGUCUUUGGCUCGCUGGCUGUGCUCGCGCUGUUGGCUUUCUCCUACAUGUUGCUGCGUAAAAUGCGAAGAAAACAGGAUCUCGCGAAGCGUAACUCAACAGGAAGUCGUUCCCCUAUGAUUGCUGCGCCCACUUCACCUAUGUCAGUCGGCCAACCUGAAGCCGGCGGGGGAGUUGGACCUGCUCCAGGGGGUUCGCUUGUCGGGGCAGCAUUUGGCGCAGGCGCCGUACAACGUGAUUCGUCUGUGCGAGGCCCAGCCACUGAUGGCGGAUCGAUGGUUAGCUCGGAACCAGGACUGAUCAGCACCGCUGAUGCCCAGAUCCUAGGCGAUGCCUUCCGGCAGGCAAUGAGAAGUAUUGGGCCGUUGGAGGAAGGCGAUAACGGGCAGUUAUUAAAUCGGGAAUUGGCGGAGGAAGGGAGGGAUAUUAGGAGCGUGUCUAGCGCUAGGGAUGUUAGAGUUGAAGGGAGCAGUGCACAGCAGCAGUGA